CCUGCACCUCUCUUCCAGCUAGCCCCCUCUCCCCUAACCCUCCCCCUGUCCCCCUAACCCCCGCCCCUCUCUCCCCCUCCCUCUGGCUGCCCUGUCCUCUUGGACAGUGGCACCCCUCCCCUGGGGUCCCGGUGCUGGAGGGGGGAACGAGGCGGGGGGCUCGUGUCAGUCUCCCUCUCUGUGUCUCGCUCCAGGUUAUGGGCUGGUUCAGGAGGAGCUGCUCUCCCCAGCCUCCAUGCAGUACAGCCUGCCCUCCCCCCUGGGUGCCGAACCCUACUGGCAGGAGGUCUCCAGCCUGGACUGCGCCCCCAUCGCCACCACCGAAGAAGACACCCUGAUGGAGAUGUCCGACGUGCAGGUGUGGCCCUCCGGUAACAGCCCCUCUCUGGUGGCGGUGGAGGACUCCUCCCUGGAGUGCAGCAACGCCGACGACUCCGAGGGGCUCCUGGUGCUUCCGUACGGGAGCCUGGGCCGGCCGGGGAGCGCUGCCAGUGGGGCGAGCGGGGCGGGGGGCGGGCUGGAGGAGGACGACACGGAGAUGGGGGCUGACUCGGAGAUGAGCGCGGCCACGCCCGCCUCGUUCAGUACGGCCACGCCCACCCUCGCCGGGGUUGACCUUAACGGGCUGGACAUGGGUCAGAGGUCAGAGGCCGCGAGGUCGGACGGUGCGGAGGCGCUCUGCAGCGCGGCGAGCGAGGGAGGAGGAGGAGGAGGAGGAGGAGGGCCAGGCUCAGAGGAAGGGCUUUCUCUUGUUGCAGGACAGCAGCGUGUGUAUGCGCGCCUCAGUGACUCUCCCGGUUUGAGCCGCGUGGUCGACCGCAACGGGGACAGGUCGUGUGAGGCCAGCAGCGGCAGCAGCGGAGCAGGAAGUGGUAACAGCGGGGGUGGCAGUGGCGGCGGCGGCGGUGGAGGCUCCUUCCUGUCCUACCUGCAGGAGCAGUCGGGCCCCGGUUGGCACCCCGUCACAGACCCCACACAGGCCUGGGUGGGGUCUCAGCCGCGCCAGGCGGUGGACGCCGUGAUGUCAUCGGUCCGCGCCGCCAUGGACGGGGACGGCGGGCGUGUGUCCCAGGAGGCCUUGCUGCAGCCUGUGAGGGACAUGGGACACUCGGAGAUCCUGAGGGGACACUUCCGGGGGACCCAGCCGUUUGAGAAGGGCCUGGGGUUCCCUCACAGGGUCCCGGAGCUGCACAGCUGGGACGGGGGGCGUCUCCGUGGACAGGGGGACGAGGCAGAGGAACUCCCCGGGGAACAGGUGAGCGAGGAGCAGUUCACGGACGAACACGGCAACAUCGUCACCAAGAAGACGGUGCGUAAGGUGGUGCGUAGAGGCCAGGGCUCUGGGGAGGAGGGCGGUCAGGAAGUGAGCAUCGAGAGUUCCAUCCUGGACUCCACCGAACUGGAGGCUGAGUCUGAGCAGUUCAUUAACUACGCCAUCCUGGGCCGCGACAGCAGCAAGCCGGAUAUUGUGGAUGUGAAGAAGGGUGCUCAGAUAGUGAAAUGUGCCAGUCUGCGGAGAGUAAAGCAGUGAGGCAGACACACCUGGCCGCGGGGCCCACAGGACUCGACCCCCUCACCGAAACCACCCUACUUAGACACAUGACCUACCCGCAGCCGGUGAACACGGAGGAGAGGAGCCCCCGUGACAAAUAGGAGGAGGAGGCGAAGAGGAGAAGAGAGAAGAACCAACUACGACGACAAACACCGUCUCCAUGACGACAACCGCAACCGACGGCGAGCGAAAGUGGGACGAGAAGAGGAUUUACUUGUAGUUUUCGUACCUUUUUUUAAAAAAGAAACAAUCACACACACACACACAAACACACAAAAGAAAAA